AUGGAACUCCCAGUGCCGUCCAGAUCUUCCUCCGCCGGUCAGGACCUGCCAACGCAGCCGCCGUCGCUGGACCUAUCUCUGUCCUUGACUUCAUCGGCGUCGGAGCCGGCGUCGGCAUCGGCAUCGGCGCCAUCCCACCGGGGAGGGAGAGACAUCAGGCUCUUCCCCUGCCUCUUCUGCGACAAGAAGUUCCUCAAGUCUCAAGCUCUCGGCGGCCACCAGAAUGCCCACAAGAAGGAGAGAGGCGUAGCGCCGAUCCCUCGUCCCCACACUACCACCAGGUCCCCCGGCGCUCCGACUCACUGCCUUCCGAGCUCCUCGCCGUUCCCCAUUGCUGCUCACGGGAGCAGGCCCCGCUCGCCCAACAUCACUCCGGCGUCCCUGUAUACCAGUAUCGCAAUGGGUUUCGACUCCUACGGCCUCGCUGCCCAGUUCGACACCGACGGCUUCUGUGUUGCAACUAGCCUAGCGGACGACGCCCAGUACGGUAUUGCUAUGGCGGACUUCAUUAAUUACCUGAACUGGCACAGGGCCUCGCUCCAGCACCCGCGGUCUGCUGAUAGCUUCCUGCCGUCUUCGGCGAGCGCCAAAGGCUUACAAACGAUGAGGCAGUCGACUGCCUCCUCGUCCUCCACUAGCGACGAUUCCCUCGAACUGGAUCUUUCGCUGCGGCUGUGA